AUGGAAGGAUCUGUCUUCACCCAGAUUGUCAACGUUGCAAGCUUUGGAAAGCUCUUUCCGUAUCCUGAAUUCCGACCAGACUACGUGAUCCCAGACUUUGCUGCUGAGAACGACCCCGUGAAGAGUCAUAGUGACAUCUCCACAAACACUGCCGUCAUCUCAGGAUCUACAGUCGUUGUCACAUUCACUAAAGAUGACCCAGAGAACCCCAAGAACUGGGGCACCGCAAAGAAGGUGUUUGUGUCCGUUCAGAUCCUGCUGUUGACUUUCGCCAUGUACGUCGGGUCAUCCAUCUAUACGCCGGCCAUUUCUGAAAUCUCAAAUGACUACGGAAUCUCCACUGUAGCAGCUAUCUUGCCGUUGUCGGUGUUUGUCUUUGGAUACGGAGUAGGCCCCAUUGUUCUCUCUCCUCUUUCUGAACACCCUGCUGUUGGACGUCUCUGGAUCUACAUGGUAUGUCAAGGUAUCUCCAUUUGUCUCAUGGUCCCUCUAGCUCUUUCACCUAACUUGGGGGCCAUGUUGGCACUUAGAUUUAUCAUGGGAAUCACCGUUUCUCCCGCUCUUGCAACUGGUGGAGCUACCCUCGGAGACCUGUUCGAAAUUGCGUACCUGCCCUUUGCUCUGGCCUUCUGGUCCAUCUCUGCCAUCUGCGGUCCUGUCUUUGGACCUGUUCUCGGAGGAGUCUUUGCCCAGGUGCUUAACUGGCAUUGGACUAUCUGGAUCUGGAUGAUCAUUGCCGCUGCCGUCUUUGUUUUGCUCUUCUUUUGCUUUCCAGAGACGUCUGAACACCACAUUCUCCAUAAGAGAGCUAAGCGUCUGCAAAAGCUCAACCCCAACCUCAACUACACCACUGAGGCAGACGAGGAAUGGAAGGCCAUGAGCAACAAGGAAGUGGCUUACCAGAUCCUAUUGCGACCAUUGGUCAUCAUCUUCUCUGAGCCCAUCGUCUUCUUCCUGGACGCCUACAUUGGUCUGUCCUAUGCCAUUCUGUACACCUGGUUCGAGGCCUUCCCCAUGGUCUUCUCCGAGCUGCAUGGCUUCAAUCUCAUCCAGACUGGACUCACUUAUCUGGGACUUAUUGUAGGAGGACUUUUAGCCGCCUUCGUCUACGUUCCCAUUGUAUACAAGACAUUCACCAAGCCCGUCAUCGAGACAGGUGAGUUCCCUCCAGUGGCUCUGUUCAUGAAGAUUGCUCUCAUUGGAGCCAUUCUCUUCCCCAUCUCUGUCUUCAUGUUUGGUUGGACGGCCCAUAAGAACAUUCAUUGGAUUGUUCCCACGAUUGCAGGCAUGCUGAAUGUACUUGGCCAGUACUUCAUCUUCCAGACCGUCUUCAACUACCUGAGUGGCUCGUACCAUCGCUUCAUCGCUUCUGUGUUUGCAGGAAACGGCCUGUUCAGGUCGGGUAUGGCGGGAGCCUUUCCCCUGUUUGCACGGGCCAUGUUUGUCAAGCUGGGUCCCGGCAACUUCCCUGUGGGCUUUGGUUGCACUGUCCUCGGGUGUCUGUCGGCUCUCAUGAUUCUCAUUCCGAUUGUUCUCAUCAAGUAUGGAGAGAGGCUCAAGGGUGGAAGCAAGUGGGCCAAUUAG